AUGAGCUGCACCCCGGCAGCAGCCCAGCACACCGUGCCCAUCGCCUCCAGGCCCCGGACAUCCUUCCUCAUCCAAGACAUCCUCUGGGAUGGGGCAGAACAGGGAGCACAGCCGGAGAGGGGCAAGAGCAGAGGAUUUGACAGCCAGGAUGGGGAGCCAGGGGCAGCCGCAGUGGAGGGGAGCAAGGGCAGUUCUGCCCUGGGAGCUGUCCCAGGGCAUCCCACCAGGAGCCCUCAUCCCCCAGAAGCAUCCCAAGCCCGAGGGACACCCCACGAGGCAGACACAGAGGCCACAGCGGAGCCGCAGCCCCUGCCCACCGCCCCGUGUCCCCCCAGGCAGGCGAAGCGCUCGCGGGCGGCGUUUUCCCACAGCCAGGUGAUGGAACUGGAGAGGAAAUUCAGCCACCAGAGGUACCUGUCUGCCCCCGAGCGCGCCCGCCUGGCCCGGCGCCUGCAGCUCACCGAGACCCAGGUCAAGAUCUGGUUCCAGAACAGGAGGUAUAAAACCAAACGGAAACAGGUCGAGGCAGGGAUGCUGGCAGCAGCUCCAGCUCCUUUGCAGCCUCUGCCAUGGAGAAACAUCUUGGCU